AAAAAAGUUCAAACAAAACCAUCAUGAAUUCACUAAGAAUUGUAACGGCUUAUGAGAGCAAUAAAGCAUACAUAGCAAUGUUCAUUGUCCAAGCAAUAUAUGCAGGCAUGGCUUUGUUAUCCAAAGCCUCCAUUUCUUCAGGAAUGAACCCUUUCAUUUUUGUUGUUUACCGUCAAGCUUUCGCAACACUCUCACUAUGCCCGGUUGCAUACUUCUUUGAAAGGAAGAAUGUAGCUCAAUUAUCCUACACUUUGAUAUGGAAGAUUUUCUUCAGUUCUUUAAUAGGGAUAACGAUAUGUUUGAAUAUGUACUAUCACGCACUCGAUCAUACAUCUGCAACGUUUGCUGCUGCCACGACUAACCUGAUUCCGGCUAUUACAUUUGUCAUAGCUCUUAUUCUAAGGAUUGAGAGAAUGUACAUAAGAGAAUUGCAUGGUUGGGCUAAAUUGAUUGGAUCUAUAGUUUCUGUUUCUGGAGCUCUAGUGUUUGCUUUUGUUAAAGGACCAAGUUUGAACUUCAAGACUUGGUACACAUCAGGUAGUGAUAUUGUUGCUUCAACAACAAAUGUUAGCUCAGUAUGGGAGCUUAGUAAAGGCCCCUUUUCGAUACUUUUCGCCAACAUUCUUUGGUCUUGUUGGAGCAUCAUGCAGGCACCUAUUAUGAAGGAAUAUCCUGCAAAGCUAUCAUUAAUUACUCUUCAAUGUUUUUUUAGCUUGAUACAAUCAAUGGUUGCAGCCAUAAUCAUGGAGAGAAACCUAUCUUCAUGGAAGCUUGGAUGGGAUGUUAAUCUCCUUUCUGUGGCUUACUGUGGAGUAAUUGUGACAGCAUUUACAUAUUGGUUGCAACUAUGGUCGAUAGAGAAGCGAGGGCCAGUGUUCACCGCGAUGUUCACUCCUUUGGCCCUCAUCAUCACCGCAAUCGUCUCAGCAUUCUUAUGGAAGGAAACCCUUUACUUAGGAAGCGUUUUCGGGGCUGUGCUACUAGCAGGAGGUUUGUACUGUGUCCUAUGGGGCAAGAGCAAAGAAAUAGAGGGUAAAAUCAUUGAACAAAAACUUGAUCAAGAGGAAACCACGUUGGACUCCAUUAAAACACAAGAAUGAUCAAGGUUGCGGUACAUGAUACAUCAAGUGGCAGCCAGCUGCUGAUUGUGUUGAUGAUGAUAGUGGCCAUCAUUGAAGAUAAGACACACCCUUUGAUUUAGCCAUUGUGGUCGCCCACACAAACA